AUGGGAGAACAACAAGGUCCAUCAGAUGAGGACAUUGACGUGGAGACCACCAUCGAGGAACCGAUCCCUACAAGCAAGGAAGAAUGCGACAGCCAACAAAAUGCUGGAGGAAACCAACCAAAGACAACGGGAGCGGAUUCUAGUUCUGAUGAAUGGCAGCACCUUGAUAACACCGUUCUAGACGAGGCAUUUUCUUCGCUUGAUUGUACUGAGCACAAAGAUCUUGAGGGCACUGUGCCAGACAACCCCCAGGAACAGUCGUCGGAAGAAAAUACCAGUACGAAAGACACGGCAUCAUGCGGCGAUUUUGCAAACGAGGAGACGGACAAUACAGCAAAAGAAGGAAGUCAACCAGAUAAUGACGAAGCUGUUGAAACACACGUUGAUGAGGGUGGACCAACAGCACCAAGUUUGCCCAGCGAGAAGAAAGACGUCAACCAAAGCAAUUCGAGUGCUAAUUACGAAGGACUGAACGAAGAGGUGAAAGAGGUGAAUUUAUCUGAUAGCGAAGAGCAGAGGGUCAAUGCAGACGGAGAAGAUGGCGAAACACACAAACUUGAAGACAACAAAGUCGUCGACAUCCAAGUCGACGGCCAAUAUUACGACCAAAUCCCCAAGAUCGACGAGGAAUCUGGCGACAAAACGGAUGGCGACCAAGUCGAUUAUGACAAAGCUGAAGAAAACCGUGAUAAUAGUAGUCAAGGCAACAGUGACGAUGAAAGUAACGACAAUCGGAAUGACGGAAAUUACGGUGAAGAAGACAACAACCAGCGCGAUGAAGAUGACGAAGACACCAAAUCUGUCUCUAGCACAGAUAGCGACCACUUUCUCAAAACAUGGACGUAUCUACCAGAAGACAAAGACAAUGCUGAUAGGAGUGAUAUGGACCUGAAGUUUGAUGACCAAGCCAUUGAAGACCUUCAAGCCAACGUGUACGACAUGGACGAUGACUCGCCAUCCCGCUUGGAAUGGCUUAGACAGAAAAGGCUACCAGCCAGGCCGCAGCCCUCCAAGAAUGAAAAGAGGCUAGAAAGGUUGAUGGACCGCGUCAUGUGCCUUAUUGGUCAGGAGAGUGUCAAGGCGCAAUUUUUGGCCAUCAAAGCCAGGAUCGAGGCUGGUAAAUCGCGGGGUGAAGACUUUAAGAAAGUCCAUUAUGGUAUAAUUAUCACUGGAAAUAUAGGAACUGGAAAAACAAUUGUGGCCAAGCUGUAUGCAGAGUUUCUUGCUUGUUUUGACCUUGUGGUGCGAAAUGAAAGUCCGUAUUUAGGGUGGCGUCUAGAAUGCUCUAGUCUUACCCGUUGGUGCCCAGAACAUGGUGUCAUGUUCAUUCACCGGGCCGACCAGCUUACAACAAAUUCAAGAGCAACUGACGUGUUCUUCACCUUCAUGCAGAAUUACAUUGGAGAUAUUGCCGUGAUCCUUAUAGGACCGCACAAAGGCUUCUGUGACACUGGAGCGUCUCGCCUGUUUACCCUAAAGCUGGCCCUCGAGGACUAUUCUGAUGAAGAGAUCCAUCGCCUAUUGAUUCGCAUACUAAAGAAGACUAAAUUGCACGUUGACGGAGGUUGGGAUGGACCAUAUCUCAAGAUCGUUACCCGUCGGAUCUGUCGUAUGCGAUCAGAAAAAGACUUCAGUAAUAUGCUUGCUCUGCGCGCUGCUUUGGAACAGGUGAUGAAUCGUCAAGCUUUGCGGCUCCGCCAGUCAAUAGGAGAUACGGCUGCCAAGCGUGGGAAAGCCCCCAACUAUAACUUUCUGACAAAAUUCGACCUUCUCGGGCCAGAACCAGGGAACAGGUGGAAAGACAGCAAGGCCUGGAAGCAACUGCAAAGUAUGAUCGGGCUUCAAGAGGUCAAAGAGAUGGUCGAUGAACUUGUGCAUAGAGCAAACACCAAUUAUCACCGUGAAAUUUACGACCUACCUCCAGUUGAUAUGCCUUUGAACAAGGUGUUUCUGGGUCCUCCAGGUACUGGCAAGACGACGGCUGCCAAGCUAUAUGGGCAGAUUAUUGCCGAACUUGGUCUCCUCUCUGGUGACGAGGUUGUGGUGAAAAGUCCAUCUGAUUUCAUCGGACAAUAUAUCGGCGACUCAGAAGCAAACACCAAGGAAAUACUCCGUGCUACUGAGGGCAAGGUCCUCAUCAUCGAUGAUGCGCAUAUGCUUUAUCAGGGAACAGGGCAUGGAGCUAAUUCCUCAGAUUCGUUCCGGCUCGCUGUUGUGGAUACGCUAGUCACAAACAUUUCGAAUAGACCGGGGGAUGACCGUUGUAUUAUCCUUAUCGGGUAUCCGGACUUGAUGAAGGAGUUCUUCAACAACAGCAACCCUGGUCUACGACGUCGAUUUCCACUAGAGGAGGCUUUUCACUUUCAAGACUAUACCAUUGAUCAGCUCGCCAUGAUCCUUGACCUGAAGAUGUCGCGUGAUGGAAUCGAGGCUACUGAUCAUGCCAGAGAAGUUGCCCUAGAAGUCCUUGCGCAGGCUCGAGACCGGCCCAAUUUCGGGAAUGGAGGUGAUGUCGAGAAUCUGCUUGGUAAAGCGAAAGCGGCCUUUAACAAGCGACUAAGGGGUGUCACGGACCGGAACGGAAGAAAGAUUGAGGCCGUCGAUUUCGAUCCUGAGUAUGAUAGGGCCUUCAGGAAUAGCAAGGCAUGUGAAUCACUCCUCUCGUCGAUGAUCGGUAUGGACAGUAUCAUCUCCCUUUUCAGGAACUAUCAAAAGGUAGCGGCCGGGAUGCGAUUGCAGGGGGUAGAUCCGCGUCCAUAUAUCCCUUUCGCAUAUGUCUUCAAGGGCCCACCAGGGACCGGGAAAACUACUACGGCUCGCAUUCUUGGCGACAUAUUUUACGAAACGGGGUUUCUUUCAACGUCCGAAGUCAUUGAUUGCUCUGCGACAGACAUGAUAGGCGAGUAUGUAGGGCAGACAGGACCCAAGGUGGUCAAACUUCUGGAACGGGCUCUGGGAAAGGUACUAUUCAUCGACGAAGCUUAUCGGCUGGCGGGAGAGUCCACUGGAAACUGCUCGAGCUUUGCUAGCGAAGCUGUUGGAGAGUUGGUCGACUGUAUGACAAAGCCACGCUACGCUCGCAAGCUGGUGAUUGUCCUUGCUGGCUACUCUGAUGAGAUGGAUAGGCUACUUCAUAUUAACACGGGGUUACGGUCUCGGUUUCCGACUGAUAUUGUCUUUCCCUCGAUGAGCCCAGCUCACUGUGUUGAAUAUCUUGAAAUGCAGCUAGGGAAGCUCCAGAUCAGAGUGGAUCGAAGACUUAGCUCUAGUGAAGGGAAGUUUGCAACUGUGCUGGACCUGUUUGCCCAGUUGCAGAGGACAAGGUCUUGGGCAAAUGCCCGGGAUGUUGAAACACUGGUCCGCAAUAUCACUUUCGAGGUUUACAAGAGUCAACCCGGCCCCAGUGACUCCGAUCUCAGCGUUUCCAUGGACAAGAUCAUUACCUGCCUGAAGGAGCUGCUACACCAGCGAGCUUCAGCCUACUGA